GUGUAAGGCAAAAUGGCGACCAAACGCCCAUCAGAAAUGUCAACAGAAACAAAUGGCAACAAAAAGGGAAAAGAAGUCAGAGUAUGGAUGGACGGAUGUUUUGAUAUUGUCCACUUUGGUCACGCUAAUGCACUCAGGCAGGGAAAACGUAUGGGAGAUAAGUUGUUCGUUGGAGUACAUUCUGAUGAGGAGAUAACCAUGCACAAGGGUCCACCAGUAUUUAACCAGGAGGAGCGAUACCGGAUGGUGCGGGCCAUCAAAUGGGUGGACGAGGUGAUAGAGAGUGCCCCAUAUGUGACCACACUGGACACAAUGGAUGAAUACAACAUUGACUUCUGUGUUCAUGGUGAUGACAUUACAACCACAGCAGAUGGACAAGACACAUAUCAAAUGGUGAAGGAUGCUGGCAGAUACAAGGAAUGCCGCAGAACCCAGGGAGUUUCCACCUCAGACAUUGUAGGCAGGAUGUUGCUGGUCACUAAAUGUCAUCACCAUAAAGGGGACAACUCCAGCCUGGACAAACACCAGACUGGCGAAAUUAGCUCUACUGCAGCAGGGUUCAAUGGCUCAGACUCGUUCAGCCCUUGGACAGGCGUGUCCCAGUUCCUGCCCACCACCCAGAAGAUCAUCCAAUUCUCCGAGGGUCGGGAACCCAACCCGGGCGAUACCAUUGUCUACUGUGCUGGUGCUUUUGAUCUCUUCCAUGUUGGCCAUUUGGAUUUCCUGGAGCAAGCUGCAAAGCUUGGGAAUUUCCUCAUUGUAGGAUUACACACAGACCAGGUGGUUAAUCGUUACAAGGGUGCCAACUUCCCGAUCAUGAAUCUACAUGAAAGGACCCUCAGCAUUCUCGCCUGCAAGUAUGUGGAUGAGGUUGUUAUAGGAGCCCCGUACACAGUCACCAAAGAUCUGAUGGAGCACUUCAAGGUGGAUGUGGUUGUACAUGGGAAAACCCCCAUCAUGGACGAUGUUGAAGGAAAUGAUCCCUAUGAGUGUCCCCGAUCUCUUGGCAAGUUUCAACAAAUUGAGAGUGACAAUGAUAUGACUACACAAGUGAUUAUUGAUCGAAUUAUUGAAAACAGAUUGCUGUAUGAGAAAAGAAACAAGGAGAAAGCACAGAAAGAAAACAAGAUCUAUGAAAGUUUACAAAAACAGAACCAGGAAGCCUAGCAAUAUAUGUUUUAUGAAAGAUCCAUUUGUUUUUCGGUUGUUAAAUGCUCAAGCAUUGCAGAGAAAGAUGAUAUUUACACAAACUUUAAACAGAUUUUAUCCUAUCUGGACAAUUAAAAUCUUAAGUGUGGUUAAUGGUGAAUUACUAGACAAUUUUGGAGAGUAGAUUUAUUGUGUAACUGUGGGACAUGAUGGGUUUUUAACUUAGAUGUUUUAACAUUGGGUAACAUUGGGUUAUUUAUUAGCAAGGCGAAAUCCCAUACCUAGGGUUUUCACUUGAAAUAUUUUAAAGUUUAACUCAUACCUGUAAUCUAGGGGAUGUAGCAUAUUUGCUUUGUUUUAUUUGAUACUUUUAUUCUGCUGAUUGAAAUCCUGAAAGUCUAAAUUUUCAUGUUUUACAUCUAUUUAUAGGUCAUGGCUAUGCAGUCAAUCAGCAUCAAGAUCCUCUGUUUUGUUAACUUUUCUAUGUGACAAGGUGUAUUCAUUUAUUAGGAGUGACAUGAUACUUUAUAUCAUACAAGACUUUGCCAGCGUGAAAUAACAUCAUUAUACAUGUUUGAUAUAUCUCUUGUGUAAUCAUGUUUCAUGUUAUGUUAUAACUUGUAAUUUAAUCUUAUUCCCAGUAUCACUAUCGCUUUGUUUGAUUUGUGAUACAUGAACCAUUACUUGCAAUUACUGGUCCAGUUGUGAAAUGGUCUAUGCUGCAUGCUAUGAAACCACACAUUUUUGUGUCCUCAUAUAUGAUAGAUGAUCUGUGGCAUGAUCUGCAUCAUAUGUUCUUAUUCUGUUAAUAACUGUGUUAUUGAUAAGUAUAGUUUUGUACUACUGCUAUUUUUAAUGAUCCAUAUUGUAAAUCUGGGACGACCAUGUUUUCCUCCCAGUAUAAAGCACGAGUUUCCAUGUACACUUGUCAAUGUUUACUUUAGUCUCAGCAUUUCCUUCAAGUUGGGCCAUACCAAAUUAAUUCUAUUUUUAGCAUUGGUUUCUGAUCACAACACCUACCUAACCAUGGCAGCAACUUAAAUCAUGUCCUCUUAAAACAAUGAACUUGAUAGAAAGGUUCAUCAACGAAAGUCAUAAAGAAAGCUUCAUAUACAUUUGCAGGUCUGUACAUCUAGAAAAUUCAAAUGAAAUAUUUCUACACUUAAAUAACUUGUUGUUUUAUUAUGAAGCUUUAGAAAAUAAUAUUUGCAUAAUAUAGACUUUUGUAAACAACAACAAAAAAAACCCCUAGGAGCCAGAUGAAGCUAAACAUCAAAUAAAUUUGGUCUGGACAUAUGGUAUUACAAUUUGCACUCAACCCUGGGUUAUAGCACAAAAGCACUGAACGUGCGAAUGGCUCAAUGCAGAAGGCAAAUAAAUUGUAAUGUGUUGUACCUUGUUGACUUUUUAAGUUAGCUUUUUUAGGCAAAACCAUGUUGUUGGAAUGGAAAUUUUCUAGCUGUGUAAGAGUUCUAGACUACGUGUCAUUUUUAAACCAUUGCACUAUUAUAUGUAUAUACAAUUUUUAAAUUUUACUUUUAAAGUCUGUGAUUUUUUAAUGUGUUACAUGCUGUUGCUAUGCAUGUGUGAAUAUGUGUGAAUGAGACAAGUUUGGGAUGCUAUUAAAAGAGUUAGAGGUCUAAUUCAAAGUCAUUAUGAUGAUUAUUAAUAAUUCAGCCAAGUACAUCUCUUUCUUGGUUCAGUGAUCAUAUACAUCAAAGAACUAGCGCUCAUACAAUAGCUAGUAAUAAUAAUUACACAUUCAAAAGACAAUCACUACACAUACAAUACACGCUAACUAUUAUUACUCAUGAAAAAAGACAAAUUAUUACACAUACAAUAGAUAAUUAUGCACAUACAAUUAAAGUUAUUACACUUACAAUAGACAAAUUUUACUCAUACAACAGACAUUGAUUAAACUUUGAAAAAUAAUAUACAAUUGGUACACAUUCAAUUAACAUAACAAUUUUUACACAUGUGUUAGAAUAUUAGAAGCAAAAGUAUCCUUAUGUUCUAUUGUAUGUAAUAUUUGUUACAGUGAACUUGCUCUUUUUAUAACCAUAGGUCAUUGUGUAUGUUGACCCAAGAUUAACUUCAAUGGACAUGAACAAAUCUUUAUUCUUCUGAUUUCUCUGGUUUUUACUUGUGUUGUUUAACCUAAUUAUUUAUCAUUUUCAAUAAAAAUAGUCCAAGC